GGUAUGUAAACCCUCCCAGCGUUAGUUGUAACUCAUUCUCAGUCGCGUCGCGAUGCCGCUGAAUUCUUGAAGCACUCCGAAAAAUGUCGCUGUUUAAGACGAAAGAAUGGUGGAGAACGCAGUGCGGGGUGCAUGAGUCUUUUGACAGACGUAGUUUAUUGAUCGCGCCAUUGUUCGGCGUCGAUCGGAAGGACAUCAUUAUUGUCGGUAGUCAUGGUGGCUACCUCCGAAUGUACAGUCCGUCCUCGCAAUGGAUAGAUGAGACCAAAUCGCCAAGCGGGUACAAGUCCUCGGACCUGAUUAUCGAAACACAAAUCGGUGACUGUAUCAUCGACAUGAAAGCGGGAAAAUUUGUCUCAGGUUCGCAAACUACUCGACUUGCGGUACUGACAUCAAAAAAACUUGUCAUUUACAGCAUAAUUUUGCGUCAGGGCUCCGUUGAACAUGGGGAUCACUGUGACCUAGAAACCGCUUAUGAACAUCUGCUACCGCGAUUUCCGGCGUCCCUGACAACGGGACCGUUUGGCGGCGUACGGGGUCGGGACUUCCUCUGUGUCCAGUGCUUGGAUAGUACGCUUCUUUUCUACGAGCAAGAGACUCCCACCUUCAACCUGGUUCUCGGGAAUCGGUUGCUGCCAGAGCCGAUCAUCUACGUUUCGCGGAACGACAUCUUCGUGACUCCGAGCUCCUCAUGGAUCCUCGAAUGUUACAGGUAUAAGAACAUGGCGGAAUUUGGCAGUAAGGAACGCUCGGAAGAACCAAAGAACUUGGAACCGGACUGGAGUUACAAUAUCGGAGAAGCCAUUCUCGAUAUCGACUCCGUUACCUUGAGCAGUUUCGAAGUCGGGAUUCUCAUACUCGGCGAGAAGAAUCUGUAUUGUCUGAAAGAUAACUGUGUCACUUUGAAAUAUGCGAAAAGACUCGAGUACAAGGCGCUCUGCUUUCAAGCUUACGUCAUAGAACCUGAUGGCAAAUUGAUGGUACUCGUAAUCGCUGACACGAGCACUUUGAUGAUUUAUGAGGGUACGACUCUUAAAUGGUCUGCCCAAUUGCCUCUUACUCCGGUCACCGUAACUCGAGCGCAUUUUCAGCACUUAGACGGAGCGAUCGUCGUUCUCUCCGAAGAGGGCCAGCUAGAGGCUUGCUACUUAGGCUCAGAGCCGUCGUUAUUUAUCGCGCCUCCUCUGCAUCGACGCGGUUACGAUUACGUGGCUGCCGAGGAUGAGCUCAUGGAGCUCCGCAAGUUAGCAAAGAGAAAUAAGACUUCCGGCAAUCAACUUAGUGACGUUACUAUGGAUGCUGAAUUGAUAAUAUCAGUGACCGUAUCUGGGGAUUUGGAACCCUGUCCACGUGGAAACCAGGACGACUCUAAGAACGACUCAGAGGGUCGUAAUUUAAUGUGCAGGGUUACCAUAGAAUUGUCCACGUACACAACGCUUCGCGACGUUCAAGUAUGCGUGGACGUCUCAAAGCCGUUCGUUGCCGAGAAGGAUAAUUACGUUAUUACUAAUCUUUGUGACCGGCACAUUCUGCGCACGAUGAUUUACGCGACGACGGAUCUGCCGGCAAUGUCAUCGGACGUGAGAAUCACGGCGAGCUACGAGACGGCAGAUCGUGGGAGUCUGCGCGUACUUCAGAAGAUGGCCCAACUGCCUCUGAAGAUGAUGCUGAGGGCCUGCCCACCCGAGAACACGUCCACCUUCACGGCGACCAUCAAGUGCAACGAGCCUCUCGUAGCUUUUAGCCAGCUGUUUCCCGAAUUUACAGGAGAGGUACAGAGGCAGAAUUGGAAUGCGCUUGGCUUGCAGCACGUGCAAACUGGCAGCGUGGUGUCAAUUAUUUCCGGCACUACUAGCAAUCGAUAUCGAAUACAAUCAAAUGACGGACUUUCAAUGGCCGUGGUGGUUCAGCAGCUGAUGAAUAGACUCAAAGAUAAGGCUACCGGAAACUUUACGACCACUAUUGCGCAAAAUCAUAUACAGCUGGUCCAGUCUCAGAUGGAGGCUCACUAUCGUAGUCGUCAGAAGGUGGAUAAAAUAGCGAGUGAGAUCGGACUGCUGUCGACCCAGUUGAGAAACAUUGAAAAGAGGAUGCUGCGCACCGUGAGGGAGCGGAACACCCGAUCUUUGGCAGCAACUGGACUGCCGUUCCUCUUGGAGUCGACUUAUCACGCGAUCUUUGCGCUUCUGGAUGAUCUCGCGAUUGCACGAACGGAACGGGAACGAGCCGGCCAUGGUCUGCGGUGUGUCGUGAGGUUACUGCUCCUGCUGUUGCGGCUCAAUGUAAACGACGAUAAGUACGCGAUGCUUGAAGCCGCGAUCGGAUUCGAGCCGCCGCAGCUGCGCGAUGAACUCGAUUGGGAAGAAAUCGUCGACGUUAGUCUGAGUACUUUUCUACGGUCCACAUCGAGAAAAUCUACGGGUCAUCUGGACGCAAAACCUACGACGUUGACCAAAAUGACAUCUACUAAAGAAUUUACAAAGUUGAAGAAACGUCUAGUACAUGCGGUCGAACGCCUUGAUAGCUGCCGAGAAGCCGAUAUGGUCGAGAAAGAACAAUUGGAAGCUACCGAUCGCGUUUCUUAAAAAUCGACGGACGAUUAUCCGAUAUGGAAAUUUUUGUCUUUUCUGCAUUUUUAUCUCUAAGCAUUUUUAUCUCUAUUCCUUCAACAGCUCAUUACAGCGUGUAAAAAGAAAGUUUUUAUGUAAAAUUAAAUUUUUCAUCGAAAUUUAAUUGAAAUAAAUAAAAAACUUGUGAAAAUAUA